CCCAUUUGAACAUAUGUUUGUUUUUUGUCCGUGACAUGACGUCAAUUUAACAAAACAAUGGCCGAGUUCCAAUGGCCCUGGGAGUACACAUUUCCACCUUUUUUCACCUUGCAGCCGCAUGAAGAAACACGCCGGCAACAGCUCAAGGUCUGGACAGAUCUCUUUCUCAAAUACCUCAAACAUAACAAUAAGUUUACGCUUAUUACAAACGAUCAAAACUUGCCAUUAUUUUGCAAUGAAUCUAUAAACCGUCGGCUAUCGCCCGAGCUAAUACUGCUCAUUCUUGAGCAACUGCAGCAAAGUGGACAUGCAGCACCGCUGGACAAACGACGCCAGGAGUGGCAGGUGUAUUGGUACACGCUAGAGGAGUACGGAAACAUGGUCUAUGACUGGAUUCAGGAGACCGGACAAACGAAUAGCAUAUGCACGUUGUACGAGAUAAUCUCUGGUGAAAGUACCAACCAGUUGGAGUUCCAUAAUAUGGAUGAGAACGUAUUGCUAGGCGCUUUGCGUCUACUCGAGGAGAAGGGAAAGUGUGAACUUAUCGAAAUGGAUGGCAGCCAUGGUGUAAAAUUUUUUUAAAUGUGUGCUUGUUUUUUCAAUAUGCAAUGUUUUAAAUAUAGCACAACAAUAUUUGUUUUUCAUUAUUAAAUCUGUGUAUUAUUGUUAAAAAGCGGA